UUUAAAAAGCAGCAGUAUGUUCUUUAUAAAACAGUUUCUUGUUCUUUCCGCGCUUUUUGUCUGUAGCAAGCAAGGUACAGGCUUAUGUACCUUAAAAUUUUCAACUUAUUCUCACUCUCUUUACACCAAAAAGAAAAUAAAAAUAAAGCAUUUUCGCUCCGUAAUCGAUUAACAAAUCACAACAUUAGUGUGCUACGUUACACCUAUACUCCCACCACAUUCUGUUACAAAUUCUCAUGGUCAUAAGACUAAUAACAAUAACGACCUAUAAAUAAAAUCCAUCCCCCAAAAUCAGCUAUACCAUACCAUUUCAUUCAAUUGUAAUAUCAAUUCACCUUUCUUUAAUCAAACAUUAUAAUCUUCUUCAUUGCAUCUCAAAUUCAGAAUUAAAAUAAAAAAUAAAAAAAUAAAAAAAAUGGAGAAAAUGGAAAUUGAUCUUACACCCCAAUUAGCAGCAAAAGUUCAUGGUGGAACAGGAGGUACAUACUAUGCAUGGUGUGACUCAGAACUUCCUAUGUUACGCGAGGGUAACAUUGGCGCUUCAAAACUUGUUCUUCAGAAAUUUGGGUUUUCUCUUCCUGCUUAUUCUGAUUCUUCCAGAGUUGCCUAUGUUCUUCAGGGCACCGGAGUAUGUGGGAUUGUCCUUCCAGAAAAGGAAGAGAAAGUGAUUCCGAUCAAGAAAGGAGAUGCAAUAGCCCUACCCUUUGGCGUAGUAUCCUGGUUGUACAACAAAGAAGAUACAGAACUAGUGAUCUUGUUUCUUGGUGACACCUCGAAAGCCCACAAAGCAGGCCGAUUCACAGACUUUUUCUUGACAGGCUCGAAUGGCAUAUUCACUGGAUUUAGUACGGAGUUUGUAGGCCGAGCAUGGGACUUGGAUGAAAAAACAGUGAACUCCCUUGUAGGAAAUCAACCCGGGAGUGGGAUCGUGGAGCUUGAUGGAUCAGCCAAAAUGCCUGAACCUAAGAAUGAGAAUAGGAGGGGCAUGGUGUUGAACUGUGAGGAAGCUCCUUUUGAUGUGGAUAUUAAGAAUGGUGGGAGAGUAGUGGUUUUGAACACCAAGAAUUUGCCCUUGGUUGGAGAGGUUGGACUUGGGGCUGAUCUCGUGAGGUUGGAUGGUAGUGCAAUGUGCUCCCCUGGCUUUUCCUGUGACUCUGCCCUUCAGGUCACCUACAUUGUUCGGGGAAGUGGCCGAGUUCAAGUUUUGGGGAUUGAUGGAAGAAGGGUGCUGGAAACUACUGUGAAGGCAGGGCAGUUGUUUAUAGUUCCAAGGUUCUUUGUCGUCUCCAAGAUUGCUGAUCCUUCGGGGAUGGAGUGGUUCUCUAUCAUUACUACACCCAACCCAAUAUUCACGCACUUAGCUGGAAAGACCUCAGCAUGGAAAGCACUAUCCCCUGAAGUACUGCAGGCAGCCUUCAACGUGAGCCCAGAGAUAGAGAAUCAGUUCAGAUCAAAGAGGACUUCGGAUGCAAUCUUUUUCCCCCCACCUAACUGAGCAGAUCAAAUCACCGAUUUCUUUAUUGCUUCAAGUUGUCCGAUUUAGUAGUAUGACCUUUGAUCUGUCUCGUCUAGCACCAUCUUACUGAACCAACUAAUGUUUCAAUUCUGUCUUAGCCUUUGUUUGUGCUAUUAGUGUAAUGACUUCUUCUACGAAGAAAAUUUUGAAAUUUGUAAUAGAGGAUGGCUUUUGCUGCCAUCAGAAGAGGCUAGUAUGUAAUAGUACUAAACGCUAACUUUCAAACUGACGCAUGAUGCUAUGAAUGAAUCAUGAGAUAAUAAAUUUUGUUAUAAUAAAUUUGAUUAUGGAGUAUCUCCUAAUUAAAGGUGUUCCAUUUUCUUCCUAA